AUGACAACAAUAAAUUCUAAUAAUGGUGAUGGUCAAACAUCACCAAUGCCUGAUGUUAAUGGUCAGAAACCUGAAGAUGAUAGAAAAUUAUUUGUUGGUGGCUUAACAUGGGAUACAACACAAGAAGAUUUACGUGAAUAUUUUUCUAAUUUUGGUAAUAUUCUUGAUUGUUCAAUAAAACAUGAUCCAACAACAGGACGUAGUCGUGGUUUUGCUUUUCUUAUAUUUGAUAGAAAAGAUAUAGUCGAUAAAAUUCUUUCACAAAAUGAACAUUUUGUCAAAGGUAGAAAAAUUGACCCAAAACCUGCACAUCGUCGUUUAGCUGUUACAAAUAAUAAUAAUAAUAACAAUAAUAAUCAUCAUCAUAUGUCAACAUCAUCAUCAUCAUCAUCAUCAAAUUCAAUAUCAAAUAAUAAUCGUAAAGUAUUUAUUGGUGGUCUUGAUCCACAUUUUUCUGAUGUACAAUUAAAAGAAUAUUUUUCAAAAUUUGGAAUAAUUGAAGAUAUUGAUUUACCAUAUGAUAAAGAAAAAAAUGAACGACGUCCAUUUUGUUUUAUUUCGUUUCAAAAUGAACAAUCAGCACAAGAAGUACUUCGAUUACAAAGACAUACUAUUGGAGAUAUAACUGUUGAUGUCAAAAGAGCUAAACCAAAAACUUUAAAUAAUAAUCAACAACAACAACAAAUUUAUGAUCCAUAUGCACAACAAAGUAUCUAUGCUAAUUAUGGAACUGGUGUUCCAUCGUAUGGCGUAAAUGCUUAUUCUACUGUUGAUCCUUACGGAGCCUGGAAUGGUUAUCCAUACAAUCAACAAGGUAAUCCGGGUACUUAUUCCUAUAGUGGUUCUGAUGCAAAUUGUGUUCCUAAUUCAACCACAUUAUCUUAUCCUCAAUAUUCUCAACAUCAAUCAAAUUCUCAAUAUUCUUACGGGCCAUCAAAUGCCGUCAAUGCUAAUGAAUAUUAUUCUCAAUAUGGUUAUGGUGCUCCUCCGACAACAUCAAAUGUCUAUGCAGAUCCAAAUGCCUACGGUGGUGCUUAUGACUAUAAUUCUUAUUAUACAUCAGGAGGUAUAAAUGCUAAUAGUUCAAUCGUUGAUAGUGGUACAGGACAACAAGGAGGUAAUUCGCCGAAUGAUGCAAAUAAUUAUGAUCAUGAUACUCGUUAUGGAAAGAACAAAACAUCUAUUGUUUCCAGUCCUACUUAUCAUGCAUAUCCUAUAAGUUAG